UUUGAGGAAGAUAUAUUCAGAUAUAUUGAAAAUAGUUUUUGAGAGAUUUGGCAAAGAAAAAAUUAUGGAAUCUGAAACAACGGCACGUCCGAUAAUUCGAAUUGAAAUACAAAAUGAUAUUGCGAAUAAUCAAAUGGACGUAGAUACUGCGGGUGAAAUCGAAGAUGGUGAAGUGAGUGGUGAAGAUAAAAACUCAGAAGAUUGCGAUGAUGAAAAUAAAAAAAUGGAUGUAGUCAAUUCUAAAACAGCCAAUGUGGGUAGUAAAUGGUGGAAUAAGGAAGGUGGAUUUUCUACAGGGUUUGAUAUUUUCUCGAAGAAUGAACAAGAGAAAUUAACAGUUCGAGCACGACGAUUUGGAAUUCACCCGAAUGAAUCGAAAGCUAUUACUGAUGCAGAGUUACAAGAGUUGUAUGAUAGUUUGAAUAUAACACCUGGUGAUGAGAAAAUGGUUCGAUUUGAUGCUUUACAUAUGCGUGGUGUCGAAGAAAUGAGUACGAAAGAUGUGUUUGGAUAUUUUAGCUUAUAUGCGCCAUCCUCAAUUGAAUGGAUCAAUGAUUAUUCUUGUAACGUUGUUUGGCAGGAUAAUGUAUCAGCUUCCAGAGCUUUACACGGUUUAUCAAAACGCAUCAAUGGAUUCGACUUCACAGACGAAGAAAAUCCAUUUGUUCCCAAAGAACCAGAAGAUCCAGAAGCCGCAGAAGAAGAGGAAAAGGCACUAAACUCUCGUAAAGGACGUAGUAUAUUAUUAAUCUCGCAAGAAGAUGAAGCAAAUAAUGCAGUAAACAACGAAGAUUGGGAAUCUGAAGAACCAAUUGACAUAACCGAAAUUUCUAUACCAAUUCCACCUGGAUAUUGGCGAUAUGGACAACCACAUCCAAAAGCCAAAUCAAUACUCUUACGUUUUGCUUUCAAAACGGAUAAAAAACCGUUUAAAGCCGAAAAAUUAAGUGAAUAUUACAAAAAAUAUGGUAAUCCAAAUUUUGGAGGUAUGAAAGGUUUAAUAUCACAAAGUCGUAAACGGCAGCUUAAAGGAGGACUUACAGAACGACAAGUAUUAGUCGCAGACGAUAUAGAUAUUGAUCCCACGGGUAAAAAUCCUUGGGGUACGUUAGCUGAACGAUGGAGUAACGAAGAUCGAGGUGUUGUAUUUAACGAACCAAAAGAAAUAAUUCGUGAACCAUUUAAAGAACAACGAAUAAUCAUCACAAAUAAAUCAUUACAAGAACGAAUUGGAGUUAAACGGCGAAUAUCUCAGACUAAUUCACUCGACGACGAAUCAGAAACAGUUGAAAGUAGCGAACCAAAACGGAAGAAAGUACCGCGUAUGCGAAUGUAUGCGGAUGAAGAGCAAGAGCGAAUAAACCGUUUAAAAACACUUAAAAAAAUGUCCCAAACAAAGAAAGUCGAAGUUAUUGAUAAACAAAUUGUUCGUGAACAGUUUCAUUCACGAACUGUUCUUGAAAAUAACACAGAUUUACGUAAUCGAUUGUUACAAACGGAUAAACGCCGAUUACCUGAAAUAACAGUACGAGUGCCACAAACAAUAAUCGAAGAUAAACGAUCAAUUAGUCACAGAUUCGAAAAUCGAUUAGGGAGUAAAGUAACCAAAAACACUUUUCGAUCCUCAUCACAAUACGAAGAUGAUCGCGUUCAUUAUCGAAUAUCCGAACGAGUUUACCAAUCCGAAGAGGAAGAUUUACUCGAGGAAGAUGAUUAUAUUCCAGAUACUCGACAACGAAGUACAGUGAAAGUAGUUGUCCGAAAUCGACCAGAACCAAAAAUACAAUCGACAAUAUCUCGUGGUACAUCUUCAUCGCGAAGGAGUGGUGAAUCGCGAUCAUGGCGAAUGUCGGAUCGUGAACAAUUCCGAUCAAAGCGUUAUGAAGACGAGCGAGAUCGUCGAUCAUCAGAUUUACGUAGUAAAAUUAGUGAUUCAAAAAGUCGUUCAAGUAAACUGUUACGUAUUAAAAAAGAACCAAGUUCUGAUUCAAGUGAAUCUUCAGAUUCAGAAUCGGAAUCAUCUAGUUCGGAGUCAGGGAGUUCCUCGUCGGAUUCCGAUUCGUCUAGUGAUGAACCACAACCUAAAAAACAUACAAGUGUUUUGAAAAAAACAGCGUUACCAGUGAUUAAAAGUGAUAAAAAAUUGUUGGCUGGUGCUAAAGACACGUUACGAAUAGAAGUUCAUAAUGAUAGUUAUAAGAAAACUUGAUUUUAUUUUGGAAUAUUUUUAGACCAGUUUUACAACGAUCCAUUUUAUUGUUUUAUGAUGGAUCGAUCCAAUGUUUUAUUUAA